AUGCAAGACCAAGACAAACGGAUAGAAGGCUUGACUCAACGGUUUCAAAACAUCAGUGCAACUCUUGAGGAUUUGAAUCGAGAAGUAAAACAAUCACUAGGAAAGAAAGAGGUUGGUCCAUCGGAUGAUAGUGGGAAAACAACGACUAGUGGUUGCUGUACUGUGAGUGAUCAUCAGCCAUUGCCAGGACAAGAGGCUUUGAAGAUUGGUAGUAGUAGUACUACGGAUCAUGAGGAAGAACGAACACCAACCACUCCGACUGAUGAAAAUGAGGAAAGACAACUUUCUCCUCAUGAGGCCUUAUGUGAUGCUGCAUAUAAUGGAGAUUUAGAUGUAAUUAGAAAGGUGUUAUCCGAACGAGAGAAUCGAUAUUUGGUUAACGAGUUUUUAAAUUUUGAUGAAGUACUUGGAGAGAUGACUCCUUUCAUGUAUGCAGCUGUUAAAGGACAAAUCGAGGCUUUAAAUUUGUUUUUUGAACUUGCAAGGCCAAUUGUUAAUUUGCCUGAUUUCGAAGGAGACACGCCUCUUAUUCUUGCUACCAACUCUAAACAAUAUGACGUAAUGAAGUUGUUGAUUGACAAAGGUUCCAACAUUAAUCAUAUGGACGAAAAUGGUAUGAGUGCUCUCCAUGUAGCUGCUUCCAAUGGUGACAUUCUUGCUGUGAAGAUUUUACUUGAAAAAGGAGCAGACAAGAAUCAAGCAACACGAGGAAGCACAGAUACAGCAGACAUGAUUGCAGAGAUGUAUGGACAUUCCACUGUUGCACAAUUUAUAAGAGAUUUUAAAAAGUAG